AUGUCAUUGGUUUCUUCUGCAGCACGUUUAUUGACUAAAGCUCGCCCUGCUGUUCUUGCAACUCAGGCAAAUUACCACGAAAAAGUGAUUGAUCACUACGAAAAUCCGCGCAACGUCGGUUCAUUGGAUAAAAAUGAUCCUUCUGUUGGUACUGGUAUAGUUGGCGCCCCAGCUUGUGGUGAUGUGAUGAAACUACAGAUUAAGGUUGAUGAGAAUGGAAAAAUAGUUGACGCCAAGUUCAAAACGUUCGGAUGUGGCUCUGCAAUUGCAUCGAGUAGUUUGGCAACUGAAUGGAUUAAUGGAAAGACUGUCGAUGAUGCUGCUAACAUCAAAAAUGACCAAAUCGCCAAGGAACUAUGUCUUCCACCCGUCAAACUUCACUGUUCAAUGUUGGCACAGGAUGCGAUUCAAGCAGCGUUGAAGGACUACAAGAAGAAGCAGCAGAAAAGGGAGUAA